UACAGGCACAGGUUGAAUUGGCGGGGACUGUUAUAAAAACUUUAGAUUUCAGGCUCACAGCCGUCUGAGUGAGAAGAGACAGUGUCAAUGGAUCUGGCUGUGGCCCUGGUGCUCUGUCUCUGCUCUCUGCUUCUCCUGUCACUCUGGAAACAGAGCUCUGGGAAAGGGAAGCUCCCGCCGGGCCCCACUCCUCUCCCGAUUCUUGGAAACAUCCUACAGUUAGAUGUUAAGGACAUUGGCAAAUCCUUAAGCAAUCUCUCAAACACCUAUGGCCCUGUGUUCACAGUGUAUUUUGGCUUGAGGCCCACUGUUGUGUUGCAUGGAUAUGACGCAGUGAAAGAAGCCCUAAUUGAUCGGGGAGAAGAGUUUUCUGGAAGAGGCAAUCUCCCAGUGUCUCAAAGAGUUAAUAAAGGAUAUGGAAUCCUCUUUAGCAAUGGGAAGAGAUGGAGGGAGAUCCGACGCUUCUCCCUCAUGACCUUGAGGAAUUUUGGGAUGGGGAAGAGGAGCAUUGAGGAUCGUGUUCAAGAAGAAGCCCAUUGCCUUGUGGAGGAGUUGAGAAAAACCAAUGGGUCACCCUGUGAUCCCACUUUCAUCCUGGGCUGUGCUCCCUGCAACGUGAUCUGCUCCAUUAUUUUCCAAAAUCGGUUUGAUUACAGAGAUCAGAAUUUUCUUAACUUGCUAGACAAAUUUAAUGAAAAUCUCCGGAUUAUGAGCUCCCCAUGGAUACAGGUCUGCAACAAUUUCCCCAUUCUCAUCGACUAUUUCCCAGGGAGUCAUAACAAAGUACUUAAAAAUUUUGCUUAUGUAAAAAGCUAUGUUUUGGAGAAAGUAAAAGAACAUCAAGCAACGCUGGACAUUAACAAUCCUCGGGACUUCAUUGAUUGUUUCCUGAUCAAAAUGGAACAGGAAAAGCACAAUCAAGAGAUGGAGUUUACUUUUGAAAACUUGAUAGCAACUGUGUCUGAUUUGUUUGGAGCUGGGACAGAGACAACAAGCACCACGCUGAGAUAUGGGCUCCUCCUGCUGCUGAAGCACCCAGAGGUCACAGCUAAAGUCCAGGAAGAGAUUGACCGUGUGAUUGGCAGACACCGGAGCCCCUGCAUGCAGGACAGGAGCCACAUGCCCUACAUGGAUGCUGUGGUGCACGAGAUCCAGAGAUACAUUGACCUCGUCCCCACCAACCUGCCCCAUGCGGUGACCCGUGACAUUAAAUUCAGAAACUACCUCAUCCCCAAGGAUUUCAAGGAUAAUAUUGAACAAGGUCGUGAUAGUGGCUGUUGUUUCAUUUAUGAUAUCUUGGAAGAGGGCACGACUAUAGUGACAUCACUGAGUUCUGUGCUACAUGAUGACAAAGAAUUCCCCAACCCAGAGGUAUUUGACCCUGCCCAUUUUCUGGAUGAGAGCGGCAACUUUAAGAAAAGUGACUACUUCAUGGCUUUCUCAGCAGGAAAACGAAAUUGUGUGGGAGAAGGCCUGGCCCGCAUGGAGCUGUUUUUAUUUUUGACCACCAUUUUACAGAAAUUUACCCUGGAAUCUGUGGUUGACCCAAAGGACCUCGACACCACCCCAGUUUCUAGUGGGUUUGGCCAUGUGCCACCCCUGUACCAGCUCUGCUUCGUUCCUGUGUGAUGAAGGGCAGUCCAUCGGCUGCUGCUGUGCUGGUGUCUGUAAUUACUCUCCUCUGGGGCAUCAUUCACCUCCUUCUUUCUACCAGGGAUACUCUUUUCUGACCGCCCAUCUCAUACCACCACAAUUUUCUCCAGUAAAUAUCCAACUUCUAUGUGAAUAUCUGGUAAAUAUCCAACUUCCAUGAAAGGAAAGUCUCCUGAGUUUUACUGCACAAAUAUAUUCGCUGUCUUCAUAUUCUGUAACACUUAUAUUAACUACCACAUAUGCUAAUACUUACUUAAGAGUCAGUACCGUAUUAUCACUGUAAAACAGAGUGGAAUGGUUGGUAUAAGCUAACACAUAGCCAUUUGCUCUCCAGAUGUUCUAAAUAAAAAGCAGCAGUAUUUGCUGAGCCAGUCUCAGACUUUCCUUCUUUUGUACGUAAUGCAGGUAAGAAAUGAAUGAAAGUAAGAGUCUGAAGAGUCUGUGCUUGUCCUCAUAAUGAUUAACACAGAUAGGGACAAAGGGGAAGAGGGUAGGAACACUAUGUGCUGAGUAUCACCUGGGCUUAUUUGAGGAUUGGAUUUGGAAAAGAGAAAUUGUGUCCCAGAGCAGCUCCAGCCUGUAGGGAAAUAGUGAGAAAAUCAGCAAUUGGGAGGACUGAAUAAUAAGUGUUAGAAUUCAUUCCUCUGGUUGGUGUUACUAUGAACACUAAAAGAAGAUAUGAAAUGUUCACAUUACUUUGUGUUUCAAACUUAUAGUCAAAUAUUAACCUAUGUUUCUGUAUUUCUAAUCAUGUAUUCUAAGUGUUAUUCUUUUCUCUGUGAGGAAGAACAAAAUCCCUUGAAGGUGUCACCAGAUUCUAUUUUUUUCUACUUUCCAUCACAUUGUUUUAUAUGUAACAUCAGUGAUGGCAAUAUGAUGCUAUGAUCCUGAACUUUUUAGUCUCAAGACAUCUCUGAAAUAUAGAUAGCUGAGAGAUAAAGAAUAUCUUUGGGACUUAUCCCUGAAACACUAAUGGAAAUGAGAAUUAGAAAUUCCUGUUGAAGGUUUUAUUAAUAUUAUGUAAAAGAUUUGACUUCUUUUAAGGAAACAUGUACUAAAAUAAUUCAGGUCUUUGAUACCAAGAUCAGGUAUCAGGUCAGCAGUUUACAUUCAGGUUAGCAGUUUACACUCACCUGGUUCAGAGUAUAAAUUCUUUGCACAUACUACCAAAUUUUCUCUCUGACGCUUGCAUUUGUUUUAAAAAUGUAUGAAGCCAACUAUUAGCUUAUACCCCAAUAAACUAGUUUUUCACAUAUGAAUACUUAGUAUUGCCAUUGGACAUCUGAAAAAGUGCUCAGCAACAUUAAGCUUUAUGGAAGUGCAAAUUUAAAUUUUAAUGAGAUAUCCUUAGAUGGCCAUCAGAAUGGUUAAAAUGAAAAAAAAAAAUUAUACUAAGUUUUGGCAAGAAAGUGAAGCAACCGGCAUUCUCAGAGUAAUAUUGUAAAUUAGUUCAACCAUUUGGACAACUAUUUGGCCAUUUUUUUGGAAGUAAACACAUGAAUGUCCAGCAGUUUCACUUGUAAGUAUGUACUGAACAGAAAUGCAGUACUUUGGGAUUUCAACAAGACAUGUUUAGAAAUGCACAUAACAGCACCAAUCGAAAUAACCCCACACAGCAAGAACCUGAAAUGUCUAUAACAGUACAAUGGAAAACAUAAAUUAUGCAAUUCUUUUUCAUGAUUUGUGUCUUGAUUAUACGGAAAUAUUCACCCUCUGUUAGUGUGUUGGCAUGCACAUUUAGAAUAUGCAUAUUUUCUCUAUGGAUGUUAUGCUUCAAUUAAAACAUUUAUUUAAAGACAAACAGAUCUACAGAAGAAAUAUUUGAGCAGUAAUUUCAGAGAAUUUCGCAAAAUUAAUGUCAGAUGCCAUGCCACACGUUCAGGAAACCUUAAGAACAUCAGGUUGGAAAAAUACCCUGAAGUCUACGUGUAGGUAUAUCACAUUCAAACAUAGAAUAUAAAAACAAAGAAAAUAUCUGAAAGAAGCCAGAGGAAGAAAAAAAAUCUUACCUUUAGAGGAACAGAAUAAGAAUUACAUUGGGAUUUUCUUCAAAAUGUGUGCAAGCAGAAAGAGAUUGGAGUGAAGUAUUUAAAGGAAAAAAAAAUGCACUAACUUUGAUUUCUGUAUACAGUGAAAUUGUCUUUAAAAGUGAAGAGAUAAGGACCCUCAAACAAACAAAAUUGAGAGAAUUUGAAUCCAGUCCUUGACUGGCAAGAGGGUACCUACAUGCGAAACACAUGCACAUAGAAUCUACAUGCAGAUCUUACACCCUUUACAAAAAUUAACUAAAAAUGGAUCAUAGGACUUAAUGCAGAGUGCAAACUUUUAAUUCCUAAGAGAUCACAUGAGAGAAAAUAUAGGUUACCUUGACUAGGUGAUGACUUUUAAAAUUUAUCUCUGAAGCAUAAUCCACAAAAAUAAUUGAUAAUUUGGAGUUCAUUAAAAUUAAAACCUUCUACUCUGUGAUAUAUACUGUCAAUGGAAGGAAGAGACAAGCAACAGACUGGGAUAAAGUAUUUGCAAAAGGCAUAUCUGGUGAAGGACUGUUACCCAGAAUAAACAAAGAGCUCUUAAUUAAAACUCAACAGUCAGAAAUAAAAAACCUGAUUUUUAAAAUGUGCAAAAUAUCUGAAUAAAAACAUUAGCAAAUAAGAUGUCGAAGGGGCAAAUAGGCAGGUGAAAAAUGCUCAACAUCAUAUAUAAUUAGAGGCUUGCAAUUAGAUACCACUACACACAUCAUGUGUGUGUGUGUGCUCAGUUCUUUGUGUGUGUCCAGUUCUUUGCAGCUCCAUAGACUGUAGCCCACCAGGCUCCUCUGCCCAUGGAAUUCUCCAGGCAAGAAUACUGGAGUUGGUUGCCAUUUCCUUCUCCAGGGGAUCUUCCCAACUCAGCGAUCAAACCCAUGUCUCUUGUGUCUCAUGAACUGGCAGUUGGAUUCUUUAUCACUUGUGCCACCUGGGAAGCACACAUUAUAAAAUGGCUAAGGUCCAAAUCAUUGACAAAACCAAAUAUUGACAAGGAUGUGGAGCUGCAACGUUUGUUAGUUGUUACUGGUGGGAUGCAAAAUGGUAUAACCACUUUGGAAGAGUUAGCAGUUCCUUAAAAAAUGAAACAUAUACUUACCAUAUGAUCCAGCAGUCGUACUCCUUGGAAUUUACUCAAAUGAGUUGAGAUCUUACAUCUGCACAAAAACCUGCACAUUAAUGUUUUUAGUUACUUUUUAAAUAAAAACAUGUUUAUUUAUAAAAUUAACUUUUAUAAUUGCUUUAUUCAUAAAUUUAUGUCAAAACUUGGAGGAGUCGAGAUGUCCUUCAGUUGUUGAAGCAUAAACAGUAAUAUAUCAAUUGAAUGGAAUAUUAUUCAUUGUUAAAAAAAAAGGUAGCAAGCCAUGAAAAGAACCCUAAGCACAUUAUUAAGUGAAAGAAACCAAUUUGAAUGCUACAUAUUGUGUAAUUCUAACUCUGUAACAUUCUAGAAAAUUAUGGAGACAAUACAAGAUCAGUGGUUUCCAGGGGCUUGGGAAGGAGGGACAGAUAGAUGGAGCACAGAGAACUUUCAGGCCAGUGAGAUAAUUUUGUAUAAUACUUUAAUGGUGGAUACAUGCUCAUGCUACAUUUGUCAAAAUCCAUAGAACGUACAAAAUUAAGAGUGAAUCCUAAUAUAAUCUGUGAACUUUGAUUUAUCAUGUGUCAGUGUUAUAUCAUUAAUAGUAAUAAGUGUACCAUACUGGUGAGGGUUGCUGGUGGUGGGAUAGGCUGUGUGUGUGUGAGUAUGUGUGACCACUGUGUACCUAAAACUGCUGUAAAAAAUAAAUUCUAUUCUUUAAAAAGAAAACCCCUAACCCACAACUCCAGCCAACCUGAAGUUUGCAUUACUCUGUGACAGUGGAGGACUUAAUAUUCAUGGUGUCCUAAUCAUUUGGACAACAGGAAUGCUAUUUGAUGUGAAAUGUCAUUGACUGGGAGUUGAAAAACAGAUUCUAACUGAAGGCCUUGUAAGAAUGUAGUGAGGAUACUUUAUCCACUGUCGUUAAUUGCUCAUUAAAAUAAAGGCUGGAUUAACUGAUCUCAGAGAUACUUUCAGCCUUUAAAUUAUCUUUGACUCUUUCACUCUAUAAAAGAAAUAGCUUUAACAGAAGGAAUGUUAAGCAGAGCAAGCACACUGAUUUCUCAAGGAAUAAAAUUGCUCUAAUGAAAGUGACUGAAUUUAUUUCAUCCAAAAUUAGGUAGAGUUUAGACCUCUGUAAGUUAGGCAGCAAGUUACUACUUCUUCUUUUCUAGUUGAAAGGUACAGCAUGUCUUGUAUUCAUUCAAGUUAAUAAGUUACAAAACUAAACUUAUCUGACCCCCCACUUUAAUCAGCUGGUGCAGUAAUUAUUAACUCAAUUGACAUAUUUGAAAAUUCAUUGACUAGGAUGAGUCACAGAAUAUUGAAUCAUGGUACAUAUGCAGUAAGUGUGGUGACCCUGGUGAACUGAAUGUUUGCUUGGAGAUGUGGGUUCCAGUCUCAACUCGAUCACCUGCAGGUGCCAUGUACACCCUUAGCACAGGAACUGAAUCUCCAAGGCCCAUCCAUGAAUUGGAAAUAAUUUUACCUUUGAGAAAGGUAAUUGAGAUAAUCAUAAGAGAUAUUAUGGUGGGAAAAUUCUGUUUAAGGUGAAUAAGAUAUAAAUUCAUGUAAACAUGAGGAAUAAAACAUCUUGUAAUUAGCUUUUGGUGGUUUAGUCGCUAAGUUGUGUUCGACUCUUGAGACCCCCUGGACUGUAGCCCACUAGGCUUCUCUGUCCAUGGGAUUUCCCAGGCAAGAAUACUGGAGUGAGUUGCCAUUUUCUUCUCUAGGGGAUCUUACUCACCCAGGGAUCAAACCUUGGUCUCCUGCACUGCAGGCAGAUUCUUUAUCGACUGAGCUACCAGGGAAUUCCCAGGUAUUAGCUCUUAACAAAAACUUGCUUUUCCUUACUAAAAGAGCUUAGGAAUAACUUCACUAAUUAAUUUUGAAUAGAUAUGAUGAUAUGUUGUAGAACACGUUUGUAAAGCAUUGUCAUUGUGAUCUAGUGAUGUUUACCUUUCCAGUGAUAUUUAGAUCUUCAUGACCACUGUCAUCUCCUGUUCUGGUCUGCAUGUUAUAGUGGCUCCAUGCUGUAGGUCUGUUUAAUGAAGUCCUUGCCUCCCAUCCUCCACUGAAUCCAUAUGUGUUGUUCUGUGUAAAAUCUCCCUUCCUUGCUGUUGAUGACAAAUUUAAAUUAUAAUGGAGUGAUCACAGGAUUCCCAGGUGACUCAGUGGUAAAGAAUCCAGCCAAUGCAGGAAAUGCGGGAGACACAGGCUCAAUCCCUAGGUCAGGAAGACCCCCUGGAGGAGGAAAUGGCAACCCAUUUCAAUAUUUUUGCCUGGGAAAUCCCAUAGACAGAGGAGACUGGUGGGCUGCAGUCCAUGGGGUCACAAAAGAGUUAGACAUGACUGAGCGACUGAGCACAAUCACAGUUUAGGCAUACAAAAACAGGAGGCAAUUGAGGAUCUGGUCUCCAACACGUCUCUGCACCCCUGAGAACUUGACAUCCCUUUGACCUGUACCAGACCCAAUGUUCUAAAGGUCUUCCCUUGUAAUUGUGCAACUGUUUCUGAGCCCAGCCAAUGUUUAUGUAACAGAAACUUUUACCCAUUGCCAUAUCCAAUUACGAUUCUUGAUAAGUAACUCAUUGUGGGCUGCAGUCCAUGGGGUCACAAAAGAGUCAGACAUGACUGAGCGACUGAGGACAAUCACAGUUUAGGCAUACAAAAACAGGAGGCAAUUGAGGAUCUGGUCUCCAACAUGUCUCUGCACCCCUGAGAACUUGACAUCCCUUUGACCUGUACCAGACCCAAUGUUCUAAAGGUCUUCCCUUGUAACUGUGCAACUGUUUCUGAGCCCAGCCAAUGUUUAUGUAACAGAAACUUUCACCCAUUGCCAUAUCCAAUUACGAUUCUUGAUAAGUAACUCAUGUGUCUAACCAUACUCUUGCAAUCUUCCCCUUUAUAAGUCUCCACCAUUUUGUAGUCCAGUGGAACACAAUUCAAGUGCUUCUUGAGUCUGUGUCUUCUAGGCUACAGUCCUAACAAACCCUCAGUGAACACCUUUUUAUUUCAAUCAGGUCUUUUCUAAAAUUUUGAUUAGCACUGUGCAAACUUCAUUCUGUUGCUUCUGACAAAGACAGACUUCAAAAGGCAAUAGAAGCAAUUGUGUCUGGAAGCAGCUGGGAGGCUGGAGUCAUAGUUUCUCAAACUUCCCCUACUAAAUUAUUGAGAUUGGCUCUUCCCUCAGUUACUUGAGUAAGUUUUACCUCUGCAAUGAUGGAGAAGGGAGAAUAUCUGUUUUUGAUUUCUUGUUUUGAGAAUCUGUGACCCUUUUUUCCUUGGAUCAAGUAGGAGACAUCUGUUUAAUGUGAAGCCUGUUAUUUUGUGGUCAGUGGGGUAUAUAUUCAGAGUAAUGUAUCUGGGGGUGGUGGAAGAAACUUUCACAUAUUCAGGUAUGGGGAAGUCAUUCUGGCUUAUACAUGAUUUGACAUGAACUUUAUGAUAACUAGAACAGCCUGUCUUAUGGUCUAUUUUCAUACCUUGUAUAUCUGCUUUAACUCUUAAAGAGUGCAUUAUCCAAAUGUAAAGAAUGUCCACUUUGAAGAUAGGGAUACAAUGCCUCCCUUCAAAUGCCAUCGAAGUUAAGGCUGUCUUCCAAGAUGUCAAAGUCAUACUAACUCUCUGGGCAUGUGCUGAUCUGUCUCUUUUGAAACUUUGAAGAAAUGUUCCCAUGUCAUGUUUGAUAUGUAUUCUUUUUUCUGAUAAGUUGUAAAACUGUACUGAAAACCAUGUUUCUCUAGAGCUAUUUUUCAGAGCUACUGAGAGGCUCU